GAGCAGGUCUCGCGAGGCCGCACACCGGCUCGCGCGGGCCCCGAGCGCGCGGCGUAGCUGCCUGGCAGCCGGGGAAGUGGUGCUCGCGCCAAAGGACGUGUGUCUGCACUCGUAUGGUCAUGGAGGCGCCACCACCGCUGCUAGCGGCGCUGACUCCGGCCUUUGGCCGGAGCCGAAGGCUGCUGCUGCUGCCGCUGCUGCUGUUCCUGCUGCCGGCCGCACCACUGCGGGCCUGGGAGGCCGAGGAGAGGCCCCGAACCCGCGAAGAGGAGUGCCACUUCUACGCGGGUGGACAAGUGUACCCGGGAGAGGCGUCCCGGGUUUCGGUCGCCGACCACUCCCUGCAUCUCAGCAAAGCCAAGAGUAGGUGGUGCCACGCAAAGAACAUCAUAUACUUUUCUUCCUUAGUUUCCAAGCCAGCACCUUAUUGGGAAGGAACAGCUGUGAUAAAUGGAGAAUUUAAGGAGCUCAAGUUAACUGACUAUCAUGGAAAAUACUUGGUUUUUUUCUUCUACCCACUUGAUUUCACUUUUGUGUGUCCAACUGAAAUUAUCGCCUUUGGUGAUAGAAUUGAAGAAUUCAGAGCUAUAAACACUGAAGUGGUAGCAUGCUCUGUUGAUUCACAGUUUACUCAUUUGGCCUGGAUUAAUACCCCUCGAAGACAGGGAGGACUUGGACCCAUAAAGUUUCCACUUCUUUCAGACUUGACCCAUCAGAUCGCAAAGGACUAUGGCGUAUAUCUGGAGGAUUCAGGCCACACUCUUAGAGGCCUCUUCAUUAUUGAUGACAAAGGAAUCCUAAGACAGAUUACUCUGAAUGACCUUCCUGUGGGGAGAUCGGUGGAUGAGACCCUGCGUUUGGUGCAAGCAUUCCAGUACACCGACAAACAUGGAGAAGUCUGCCCAGCUGGUUGGAAACCUGGUAGUGAAACAAUCAUACCUGAAGAUGCCAUGAAAGCCUGGUGGCCUAGAGAAGAGCUAUAAUCCCAGAUCCAGCUGGAAAACUGAAGUAUUUCGAUAAACUGAACUGAUAAGACUUCUUCAGGUUAUGAUGCUUGAAAGGUCUCCAUAAAGUUCACCAUGUUAAUGCCA